UCUCGUUUACGAACGCACGCCGCACGCUCGUCGGCCUUGGUACUAGCGAAUCACCGACCGAAGGAGUGACGGACGUGGGUCGGCGGUGGUCGCGCGUACACGUGUGUGUCUGUGGGUGCGGGUGUGUGUGUGUGUAUGUGUGUGUGUGUGUGGGGGCUACGCUGAGAAUAGUUGCCGUGUCGUGCCGUAGUGUGUCGUGGUGUACGUGUGCGUGCGCGACAACGUAGUGCCGCGCGACACAGCCGCGUGAUUUAGUUGUGUGUACGACACGCGUACAUGCGACACAGGUGUGAGCCGCGAUUGUUGUGAGAUAUAUACGACAGUUGCGCGCGAUACACAGUUGUCAGAUUUAGUCGUGAGACACAUUGCGUGCGACACAGUUCAUCCGUGAGAGCUCUACACGGUCGUGAGACACGGCGUCGAGUCUACUAUAUCGUCAGCGUCGUGGUGGAGCACCGGCGUCAUGAAGCGGUUAUUCAAGAGCAUCAGUAUGAAGCGCAUAGCGCCGCCGCCGCCACCGCCGACGUCGACGCUGAAGAAGGCGCAGAGCAAUGGCGACGUCUACUCUCCGCUCAACUACGACGACGCCUUCCCCGACGACGAGAACAUGAACGAACUCAGCACGAAGAUGCAGCUGACCGUGGUGCUACCUGGCGGCAAGAGACGCUCGAUGAGCGUAGAUACCGGCAUGCCGAUGAUGGACGUCCUUGUGCGAGUGGCCAUAAACAACAGACUUGUUCCGGCCAACAUCCUGCUUCACGUACCGGACCCGGACAAGAGCGGAGAGUCGAUUCUCUACAAGCCUAACACCGCUGUCGGCAGUCUAGGUGCUCACACCGUAUACGUCGUAGCGAAGAAUCAUGCGCUAGAGAGCAAGCGGACACAAAGCAAACCUGGCGCGCAGCAGCAACAGCAGCAGACGCAGCCGUUCGAGCAUUCCUGUGCGGACCAGUCGGCUGUGAGUGCGAACUUAUACCAACUGAAGUGUCGGGGAGCAACAGCCAGCGAUCAGUCAAAGGUGACGCAACGCGUGCAGGUCAACCUACCGCAGGGACAGCUGACCGUGCUGCGGCUGAGCCCGCACGUGCCGCUGUACGACCUCCUCACACUCGUCUGCCGCGAGCGCAACCUCGACGAACGCCAGGUGGCGCUGAAGCACCCGCGCACGCUACAGGACCUCGAUCCAGCGCGAUCGCUAGCCGACUAUGAACUAAGCGAGGUCACCGUCGUCACGACAGUGAAAGGUGCAUCGGAGAUGAUGAAUGUUGACGAGUACCCACGCCAAGCAGCGCCAUCUAGUGUUGGCCAGCACACGUCCGCCAGCAGUGAAAAGGACCAGAAGAAGAAGCACAAAAAAUCCUUUCUUGGCUUCAUAGGAAGGAAGAAAUCAAAGGACAAGCAACACCCACAGAAUCUGUCGGUGCAUGACAACAACCACGUAGAGGCACCCCGUCGACCAGCAUCAUCUGCGCCAGCAGGUGGCGUCGCCGUAUUGCCAAAGGAUGCCGUGCUCAAGGUCACACAUUCUGGACCCGUGCAAAAUGAAGCCAAUAAUAAAGAGAAGACGGUGUCCGACAACGGCCACAGCGAGACGCCCAUAAAACCGGUGCCUGGCAUAGCUAACGAUGUGUCGUUCACCUCCGUUGCUGGUGAGAAGGUCGAAGGAAAAGUGGCUACACGGCCUGCGGGAAAGACUCACCACAAGAAACGGCAUGCACCUGCACCGCCCCCUCCCACUCAAACUCAGUUAGCUAAAGUCGUUGAGAAGAUGCCUCACUCCAGACACAGCUCUGAUUCUAGCGGCUACCACGAGACUCCGUCCGCUUCGCCGGACAACCUGGCCAGCCCCUAUGACACCCGCCUUACCAACGAGACCAGUGUUGCGGAAGUUAGUACUACACAGGAUCACAGGAAGAAGAAAGCGCCAGUUCCAUUCAUGCCUGCGCAGCCCUCGCCAGAACAGACACCACCAGAUGGCAGCUCCGACACAGCCAAACAUCAGCCGCCAAAACAGCAGACAGAACCUCAACAAGUUGUUCCCAUGAGAAGAGGUCGUAAAAAGAAGCAAGCCCCGGCUCCUCCCCCCAACACGAAAUCGCUUUACAUCUCCACAGACACGCCCCCCAUUGACGUCUUCCCCGUCUCCGACCACCCCCUGUCGGCCCCACCUUCCUCUCUCGGCACCCCCUCCCCCGGCGUCAGCUCCCACUCCCCCACCUGCACCGACUCGUCGCUCGUCUCCGAGCCGGAGGGCGGCGACGCCCGCGGGGAGAGUGACGGUGGCGCCCGCAUCGUCACGUAUUUCGGCAGCAGCGACGUUACGACUUACGGCAGUAGCACUAACAAUACUAAUGCUAGCGCUAACACAUCCGAUAACCCGAAGGUGUCUGCGCGCGUCGUCAGUGAGAGCAGCAACAGGUCGUCUGCCAACGAAGUCGACAUGCACCAGUCUUUCCAAGACAUCAUUGCAGAGGCUGAGCAGCAGAUCCAACUAGAGGAACAACACACACGCGCGCCGAAACUCGAGGUGAGUGAGUUUGUCGAGGGUAUGCACUCGAUGACGUCGGCAAUCGUGCGCGACGCCACCACCAGCGAGCUCGAGGCGACCAAGAAGACCGACGAUGUGUCCACGCCGCGAUCGCCGCCUGCCAGCGCUGACUCCAAGCGCGACGCGACUUCGGAAUCGCUGCUGCUUGCGGCGCCCCCUGGCAGCGAGCAGGAUGGCGUGCGCAAGCAGAUCGUCGCCUCCUUCAAUCAGAUCAUGGCAGACGAGAACAUUGAGACGGCGACGCCGAUCCGCGACGACGUCACGCGGCCACAGGGGGGCACCACCGUCGGCAAGCAAGCGCCGAUGUCGCGGGAAUCGAGGUCGGCCGAGGGCUCGUACGCGAGCCGGGAGACUGUCACCGUGGCAACGACGGUGCGAAGCGAGAGGCAGGCCGCGCCGACAGAAGACGCCGGGGGAUACGCGGCGCGGCGACAAAUAAAAAAGGAAGAGGUUCACAUCGCGCGACAGCAGCAAGAGUCGAAGCCUGAUAUCAGCCAAACAAAUGAUGCAGGGCCGGUAAAUGCCAGACCAUCUGAGACCAGGUCCGUAGACGGCAGAGCGGUAGACGCAGGAUCGGUAGCCGCACGAGCGACAGACACCACACCGGUAGACGACGUGCUGGACUGGCAAUACCAACCGCUUCCUCAGCGGCCGAAGAAGAAGAUCACUGUAAACCUGACAGACUUUGCGUCGGUGAAGCGCAGUGGACUGCACACGGAGCCGGUUGCCACCGGCGACCGACCUGUAUUUCGCACGGUCCUCGCCAUCGGCAAUGCCCCGCAUGUGGGGCCACCGCUGCAGAUUACCAAGCCUUCCGAUGACCGCAAGGAGGCGCCACAGCUGCGGAUUGGCGAGCCUUCCGAUAACUACCAGGUGGCGCCACCGCUGCGGUUUGGCGAGCCAUCUAAAGACCGCAAGGUGGCGCUACCGAUGCGGUUUGGUGAGCCAUCCGAUGACCGCAAGGUAGCGCCACCGCUGCGGUUUGGCGAGCAGCCUGAUAACUACCAGGUGGCGCCACCGCUGCGGUUUGGCGAGCCAUCCGAUAAGAAAGAGACAGGCAAGCGUCAAUUCAACGACCGCGAUACAGGAAACCAUCCGACACGGUUCGAGCUGACGCCCGCCGCGCCCACCCACAGUGGUGGCGCCACCGCUGCAGCGACGUUUUCUGUCACGGGCGCUGCACAGAACUUCUCGGAGGCGAGCGUCUCGGUAACGAGCAGACGGGCGCCAGCAGUGCAGACACGCUGCCACUCCACAGCCGAAGUGAUGUCGGCGCGACCCUACACGGCAAGCGAGCCCGUCUCCGCCACCAGCCGUCCGAAGGUGCACAUCCCGCCGGCGAAACAUGCCGAGUACAAGCCGCCCUGGAUGACCGCCAGGCAGAGCGACGCCGCACCGCGCAAGACCGUCACCAGCCUGAAGAUCGGCGGGGACGCGGCGGUGGCGCCCCCUGGCGACGAUCUGGAGCGGCAGUUUGCGGCGCUGCAGAGCCAGGCGAGCGCGUGGCAGCAGCAGAUCCUUGCUAACCAGCAGCUGCUGCAGCACAACGCGGCAAUCCCCGAGGAGCGCCUCCUGGUGCUCAGCGAGCUGCAGCGACAGAUGCUCAACCAGCAGCUCAUACAGCAGCAGCAGCCGCCGCACACGCAGCAGGGGGGCGCCACCACUGCCCCGCCUGUUCCCGUCGACUUCAGCGUGCGGGUCGCCGCGCCGACGACGACGAACCGGUUUGCGAAGAGCGCCUACUCGCCAAAGCCGUACUCGGCUCCCCCACCGGCGCCGCCGCCAGAUAUGCGGAGAAGCUUGAGCUCGCCCGGCUACUUUCCGAUCAGCAAGGAGUCGCUGCGCGCAGCGCUGAAGCCUGUGUCAGAGAGGAAGGUGCGCGAGAGCGAUCCGAGGUUUGGCCCGAAGAUGGCGCCACGAGAGGAGCUGAUGAUCGCAAUCCGAAACACGGGCGGAUCGACUGGCUUAAAGAAGGGUGAAGAUCGUGCACACUUACCGCCGCCAGAGAAGACUCCGCAUGAGUCCCUGCUGCAGUCUAUCAUCGAGGCAGGAGGGACUCCAACACCAGCAACGAGACAGAAAGACUCUAACUCUACACUCUCUGCUACGGUAGUGAAUGCGAAUGCACCAGGGUAUAACGCAGUGGCCAAUGGUGACGCAGGUGUCGGGUUCAUGUUAGCCAAUGGGAGCGUGGCGGGCAGUUCAAACAUUGACAAGCCACUAGAUGGCGGCGGUAACUUUACCGUGGUGGUCAACGGAAAGACGCCACACGUUGCGAAUGAUCGCUCGUUACCGCGUGAAAGGUCAGAGGUGGCUUCAAACAGUUGGAAGGAGGAGCAAGUGCCAGCGGUGCCAAAGUCCCCGAAGGAUGACGUGAUAAAAGCUAUAACGAGCUCCGGUGGAAUAGCUGGUCUACGUCAGGUUUCGCCAAGUAAGUCAUUUCAUCGAGAGCCAUCUUCGGUCAUCUUUCGCAGCUCGUCGGAAACAUUCUAAAACAUUAUCAAAAACCAGAUGCGAAGAAUGAGACGCAGCGGUGGCCGUCACGAAUUGAGAGAGCAUUGUGGCCAUUAGAAAGACAGACACCAAACGAGAGAUGACAGAGGACAUCGGGGAACUGAGCAUGGAGCGAGAGGCGAAAGUGGUCGACGUGAAACCGGAUGCGAAAUGAGAGAGGACAGUGGCCGUCUAGAGGCUGUACGCAAAAUGAGAGACUAUGGUGGCUGUUGGGAAACUGGAUGGUGACGAUGGGGAAAGGUGAUGUCGGACUGGAACUUCCACCUCCAGAAUACGCAGCUCUGGAGCCUGUAGUGACGAUGCUGAAUGUGUCAGCAAGUCAUGACGAAGCAUCAGUAGGGCCACUGUAAGCAUAUGAUACGAUGAUGUAACAGUGUUCGGUUUAGACAUUGGUCCACAUAAGCAGUACAAAUGCUUCUCGUACAAGCAAAAUGUUAGACGGAUUGUGAACACACCAACAGAUAUGUUAUCUGAGCAUAAUUUACACUAGACUAUUACUUAAUUAAUUCGACUUGACAAUAAUAUUCUCGUUUACAAUAAGUUUUUUUAUGUGUGCAUAAUAACUAAUAGGCCGUAUAUUAAUUAAUAAUUUAGUAUUUAACAAUAGGUUCUGCUAGUCUGCCUUUCGUCCCACGUUUGAAUGGGAAUAUAUUGUAUGCAGAUGGAGCGUGUCAAGAGGUGUGCAAUUACUACAGUAAAAUUAUGUACAGAAGCUAGUUAAUAUAGAAUUAUAGAGUUGAAGGUUUAAGCAGACGAUUCCGCCCAAUGUGGUAGCUAAGCAAGUGUAUACCAAAUUCUUUACAUUUCAUAAUUGGCUACACAGUCUUAGUUGCAUGUUAAGUUUGGGGCGCUGUGGUAAAUAUUCGGUUGUAUAUGGCGAUAUAUAUACUGGUAGAUUUACCACAGCACGCAUGUGGAAUAAAUUAACCAAUCACUGAUUGAAAUAAAGCGAGAAUGUGCAGCAGUAAUAGAAAAGUGUUCAUCAAAUCAGAGGAUUAUGGCUCCUAUAGUAGCAGG